GUGAUAAGCAUGGACUAUUCCCCGUGACUUCAGUGUAACGUGACCUGUAAUAUUUUUUCAAGAACCAGAUCUCAUCACAGAACGAUUGCUGUAGCGUUUUAAAAUGGAGAAGGAGUUGGAUAAACACCUUGAGGAAACCAUGAGUAACCAUGGUGUGCUGGGGACCCUGUGUGCCGACCACCACGGCAUGUGUCUGGGAGCCAAAGGUUCAGUGUCCACAGAAGCAGCAGGAAUGGUCACCCGACUGUCGGAGCUGGCUGGACAACUGGACCCAUCCUCGGAAGAGGAUCCAAUCAUCUGUGUGGAGUCAGACGCGUCGACCUUGAUGAUCAAAAAGCAUGAUGACAUCACAAUGGCAAUACACAAAGCCAAAGUACCAACAUAGAGACAGUCGUACAUGCAGUUCAAUUGGAGAUUCCAUCAUAGUUCAUACUGUGCAGGGUGACCCACCAACUCAUGGAGCAAAUCACCUGAGAAUAGGAAUGUUUCCAUCAAGCAGAACUAAUAUGCUUUGAUACCCUAAAUUUAUGUCAUAGCUGUGCUGUGAUAAUGUUCCAUGCAGGUAUUCUGUAAGAAUAUGACUGACAAAAUAUCAUUAGGGUAUUUAAGCAUAUUUGAAGCAAAGCAUAUGAAAGCAUAUUUUGCACUACCCCAUGGAAAGCUUACUAUAGUAGUGCACUCCUAAAGUUGGGUAUAAAAUGUUCCCCUUAGAAUUGUUUUCUAGGUAACCCUGCAUUAUUGGAGGACACAGGAACACAUACAUACCAAUUUAAAGCAUAUUGUCUUUCUGUAAAGCCUGUUUUCUUUCCAUUUUGUAAAGAACAGGUACUGGUAAUGUCUUAUACUUAAUUCAAUCAGUAUUUGUGGCCCAUGUAUUAUUUAAUAAUUCUCAAGAAGAAUAAAGAAUAUAGUGAUGUUUGUU